CACAUGGCCCUGCACUUAGAGCCCAACGGUCUCUACCUCCUCCUUGCAGAUCGAGAGUCCAGCUCGACAUUCCACUGGGGUCUCUGCCUUGCCAAAUCCCCGACCGAUGGCACCAUUUUCAAUAUCAUCAACUUCCCCAAUCGAAAUGUUUACAGCUAUGAGAUCAAGUCGGACCAAAAGGUCAUCACUUCCAGGCAAUACCUUCUGGCGCUGAAGGUGGGAGAUCUGCACCCCGCACUGCACGGCCCGCUGGAGACCCGCUUGUCGCAGAUCCCCAUCCAGUACUCGACGCGCUUUCAUGAAGCCAUGACUUGUCGUGUUUGGGUGAAAGAAGCCCUCUUCGCGUUGGAUGACGAGGGUUUUAUUAAGCUUGUUGAAAAUAUCAACGGUAUUGAAGCGGAGGCUAGGUUUGCUGCGAUGUUGAAUAAAGCCAAUGGGAAAAGAACUGUGGGCAAAAGUCGUGGAUAUGUCUUGUGACGCUGGAGUUGGAUAUUAAUGUACAGUUCUUGGAGGCGAUGUUUAUGUCUUCACUGCUUGAUAUGACCUUACUACCCUGUCUCCUUGAGUAUUGCGACCUUCAUUCUCCUCUCAGCCGGAAUAGAGGGGAUGAAAGCCCAUAGUAACCCAGGGUACUGAACCGCUGAGUAGAGCCAAGUCCUCAAGUAAAUGGGGGUAUAGUAAUUGACAAGU